AUGAACAGCUUCUUGGUGCUCAAUGAACAGGACAAGACGCUGGGCUACGACGCCUACUUUGCCUCGCAGGAGACGCUGAACCUGAUCGCGGUCAAGUCGGGCGCCAGCAUCGCGUUCGUGGCCACCAAGACGUUCGGCACGCGGACCCGUUGGUCCAAGAUCAAGAGCAUGCCGUUCCGCACGUUCAGCGGCGUGACGUCCAAGGACACGACGCUGAGUGGCCUGACCAUCGACAACCGCGCCGGCAACGGCAUUACCAAGAACACCGGCGGGGACAGUCACCAAGAUGGAGUUGCACGGCGCGAUGUUGGUGCUCUUCUUGAAGGUGCCCGUGAUGUGGCAGGCGACUGCUGCUUCAGCUGGGUCGGCCGAUCCUGUUGCUGCUGCUUGGCGACUGCAAAUCGGUACUCGUUUUGGGAAAAGCCCUCCCAACGCACCGCUCUCAGCAAGAUUUUUGGAGCUGCGGACGGCAUCUGA